AUGCUGUCGUUGCAGAUCAAGGACGUAGAAGUCCUCAGCUGYGAAUAUGGCAAGAACACAAUUAAGUUCCUCCGCCUUAAAAGAGAGGGGAAGAAGCACUUUGUUAAAGAAGUAGAAGUUUGCACACAUCUCCGGCUGACCUCUGCCCACGACUAUCUGGAUGGAAACAACGCUGCUGUGAUACCCACAGACACCAUAAAGAACAUUGUCCUUGUGCUGGCCAAAAAAAAUGGGAUCCAAACUAUAGAACAAUUUGCUAUUGAUAUCUGCAAAUACUUCAUGACAACAUUUUGUCAAGUGGCGUAUGUCAAAACCUACAUUCAAGAAGUGCCAUGGCAACGGCUACAGGAGAAUGGCAUUCCUCAUAUCCAUUCAUUUAUAUGUGUUCCUGAGGGGAUUCGCUUUUGUGAAGCUGAGCAGUGUAAAAAUGGUCCUCUGGUUGUUUUUGCUGGAAUUAAAGAUCUGAAACUUAUGAAGACAACACAGUCCGGAUUUGAAGGCUUCCAUAAGAGUGAAUGCACCACACUUCCUGAAAGGAAUGACAGGAUUUUAUGUGGAGAACUCUUCUGCAAAUGGUCAUACGGCGAAUGCAAAGAUUUUGAUUUUGACUGCGUAUGGAACAAAGUCCGGGAGUGCGUCAUCGAGGCCUUCGCUGGGCCACCCGACUGUGGGGUAUACUCACCAUCCUAUCAGAAGACUGUCAACAGCAUCCAGAUGCUCAUCCUUUCUAGAGUGUCCCAGGUACAGGUCAUUGAAGUCAUGUUGAACAACACUUUUUACAAUGUUUUAGACAUGAAGAAUCUAGGCUUGACCAAUGACAAAGAAGUUCUGAUUCCGGUGGAAGCUCCCUACGGCUCCUGCACUUGCACACUUGGCAGAAAGAAGUUCUUGGAAGCACAAGGCCAUGUGCUGAAAGAGAAGUAAAGUCAGUUUGGAGU